AGAACUCCUGUUGAUCCGACUUCUCCAAACCUGCCGGAUACAAGCAGUUCACUGUCAGUUUGUGUCACAUUUUACUUUGAUAAGAGUUACAAAGAUGUUUCUUCUGUGUUCCUGUUGUGGAAAGAAAUCAAAUACUGUUGUAAAUGUGGUGGCAGAUGAGAGACACGCUCAGACACGCAGCUCUCAGAAAAGUGUCCACAUCCUAGACACUCCUGCCACUAACAAGAAAGAUGAAAGGACCCCAUGGAGGUAUCGACUCUUCGGUCGGCCCCUGAAAAGGCAAAGUGUCACCACUUCAGCUGACAAAACCACCAGGUCAAAGCAAAAGGCUAAGAAGCCCUGGUGGUGGUGCAAGAAAAGCUGUCGGGUCUCACCUGCUCCUGAAGGACAAAGCCUGAAGGAGCAGUGCCACUCCUCCCCUCAGCGGGACAUGGUGGUGGUGGUGUUUAAAGGCGGAAAGGAGGAGGAAACGCUGCUUAACGCAGACAAGAAAUUUCAAGUUUUGCCCAAAAACGUGGGAGAAGAUGCUGUCUCCAGCACUAAUACCCUCAGACAUCAGCAGAUCAAGUGUCUUGGGUUCCCCAACCCAGCACAGAUUUGUUACCUGAACUCCUGCCUGCAGAGCCUCCUGACACUGGAGAACUUUGUUAAAGCCUUCAGCUGUCAGGAGCAGGUUUGGAGUUUGAUCCCUGAGGCUUCACUUUUGAGAUUAUUUAUGGACAUCAGAGGGUCUCAACUCUCCAACGAUACCCUUUAUAAAAUCCGCCUCCUCAUUGCAUUCAAGGAAGCAGUCUCUCUCUGGGCUCCAGAGUUCCAGGAUCUCCACCAGAAAGAUGCUCACGAGUUCCUCACCUCUGUGCUGGAUCAGAUGAGGUGUUUGAGCCCGCAGCUGCAGAUGAGGGCAGCCAGCAUGGGCAGAGUCUAUAGCUGUCCGGUGGAAGAUAACAUGGUGUUUAAGAUCCAGAAAACAAGGACCUGUAAGAGUUGUGGUGUAGGAUCCACCAAAGAGGAGGAGUUUACAAACCUAUCCCUGGACCUGGUAGCUGAACAUGGCACAGUGGAACAGAUGCUCCAGGAUUACCUGAUGGAGACAGAGUUGGAGUAUAACUGUGAGUGCGGUGCCACCAAGUCAGGCCUGUGCUUAUCAUUUGUGACCCUGCCAAGAGUGCUGGUCUUGCACCUGAAGCGCUUCAGGUUUACUCAGUCAUUCCAACUCAUAAAGGUCCAUGAUCCCAUUGUCCUCUUCAGAGAGCUGGUUGUGUCCUCCAACCAGGGUGGUAGCUGUUAUAGUCUGGUCAGCACCAUCAGUCAUAUUGGCCUCACAGCAAGAAGUGGACACUACAUAUGUGAUGGGGUGGAUCCACAUGUGGGACAGGAUGACCCGACUGACCGCUGGUUCACAUACAAUGAUGCACAGGUUACUGAAAGAAGCGGCGAGUCUGUGUGUGACCAACGGCAAAAAAAUGCCUACAUCCUGUUUUACAAAAGACAUGUAAGAGGAAAACUGUCUUCAGUGCACUGCCAUAUGGACACUGAAGUGAAACACAUCGUGGAAACUUGUGGCAGAGAGAGAGACACCCAACACAAACAGUGACAUUCUUCCUCAGGUAGCACCUCAGACUUUUUUAAAAAUCCACCAGCACAAUAUAUUAAUUGUGUGUUUCUAUUCUCAGGACUAGAUGGUGGGACGCUCCUUAAUGUCUCUGGGUGGAAACCCAUCAGCAUGAGCAGGGACCUGAACUUACUGUUAUUAACAUGAUGGAGUCCAGAUGACCAACCACAGGGUGUAAAAAAGAUGUGGUCUUACUGCAAGAUAAGGAUGAACAUGGAUGUUUGAGAAGGCCUACCAGCACUUCCAGCAGAGGAUGUAUGAAGAUCAUGUCCUGUGGGAGCAGCAGUGACAAAUUCUACCGAGAACUGAUGGACAGACAGUUUGGUCUGUUCUCUACAAGCCUUACCAGGCUUUCUCUCUGGGGAAGAGGGUAGACUGAAACUUAUCUUUCAGUUUAACAUUUUUUUAAAAUUAUUAUUCUAUUCUAUUUUUAGUGUAAGUGUAGUUGUAUAAAUAUAAGCUGUUAUAGUAUCUGUAGACUCUUUUGCAAUGUAACUGGUGGAAAAGUUAACUUUGCAUGAGUAAAUUAUUAUGUACUGGUUACAAAUGAAACUGAUAACAUUUUCAACUUCACCACUGUAAUUAUAUCAAACAAUAUGUAUCCAAACUGGCUACAAUGGUUUUUCACAUUGUGGUAAUUGUGUUUGUGUUAGAUUAAUUUUAACCGCAAGACAUUUGUUUUAAAGGUACUUUGAAUUUUGACUGAAAUCAUGUAACAAAUAAAGCACUUUAAACCGA